AUGAAGCCGGAAAACAUGCUUAAUGAGGAGUUGAGCGGUCUGGAAGGCUGUAGGAAGCUUUCUGAGGGGAACAAGGUGGCAGGACUUCGAAAAACGAUCAACUAUGCUCCAACACCAGAAUCUGAAGCAUCCACCUCUAGGAUAAACUGCUUAGUCGGAUCAGAUCGGAGCAUCUCCGCUGUGAUUGGAGGAGAUGUUACUCUGCCAUGCAAGGCUGAGGGGUACAUGCCCUUUAAAGUGGUGGAGUGGAGCCGACCUGGAGAACACCUAGAAUAUGUUCUCAUCCUAAGAAACAAAAACUUAGACCCAAAAAUCCCCAAACCGGGCUACAAGGGCAGAGUGGAGCUGAAGGACCUACAGAACGGAGACGUUUCUCUGGUUCUGAGGAACGUGACGUCUGAAGACAGCGGAACAUAUGAGUGUUAUGUUCUAAAAAAAACAGUCCGCAGGAAGAGAGCCAUUAAACCAAUCAGCACCAUCACACUCAACGUUCUUCGUCCUCUGGGAUCCGAUCAUGAAAGCCAAGAUGAUGGAGGAAACAAAGAUGGUUCUGAUGGUCUGACAGGUGUUGGACUCAUUGGACUGUGUGUUGGGCUGGUGUCUGUCGCAGCUGUGAUUGUGUCUGCUGUCAGUGCCGUGUUGCUCCUGAAAAAGAAGAAGAAAAGAGUACCUUCAUCCCCCAUUUAUAUUCAAGUUGACAGCCUUCAGGAGCUUUCACCAACAGGUGUAGAUAAGAGCGGUCACUUUCCACUUCUUUCACAUCAUUGUAAACCAGCCAUUGGGGAGACAGGAUGUUGCCCUAAUGCCGGUCCCAAGCCCGGACAAAUGGGGAGGGUUUAGUCAGGAAGAAAAUACUUUUAGUUUAAUAAAACAAAAGAAAAAACAAUGCCUUUUUUCUAAUAGAAAGUGAAACUUCAUAAAAAACUUCCAGACUAAACUCCUCCCACUUCUGUAAAGGAAGAUUAAGCAAAGAAAAAAAAAA